GCAUGCGCUCCAUUAACACCAGACUGAAAAAUACGCUGUAAACUCUGAUAUUUAAAGUCAGUGCGGUUAAUUAUACAUUUUUAGCCACUUCUUUGGCAGUCUAAAUGGCUUUGGCAACUACAUGCAGUAGGUCAGUCCUGUUUGUCAAACGCAAGAUUUGGGAUUCUUUUAGGAAAACCUGUCUGUUGUUUUCAACUAAUGACACUAUUUUAGCGGACCAAGGGAAACCACCGUCCAAGAAACGGUGGGGAAAAAGUCACAAGAAACCUGCCUGGACUGAUCAUCUGCCAUGGGAGGAAAGGCUAGUUGAUGCAGUAACCCCUCUGUGUAGGCUGAGCUAUGAUGAGCAACUUGAGCUCAAGCAAAAUCAUCAGGAAAGGAUACUGUCUCAGCUCUCUGGGCAUCUUGCAGGUGGCUACCAAUCACAAUCCUCAUCACCUGUGAAAGGUAAACUCAGCUUCCCUGUCCUUCCUAUUCUGCCAUCCCCAGUUAGGGAUGGCUACCGCAACAAGUCUACGUUUUCUGUCAACAAAGGAGUAGAUGGAAAUCCAAAGACAGUUGGAUUUUACGUGGGCACUGGCAAGGGAAGAAACAUUGUCUGCGUCAACGGAGACCACCUGCUCAACAUGCCGGAGAAGCACAAACUGGUGGCCAGAUGCUAUCAGGACUUCAUCCGCCGCUCUUCCCUGGAGCCCUGCCUGCUGUUCCACACUGGGGGUCACUGGAGAGAGGUCACAGUGAGGACCAACACAGAGGGCCGCACCAUGGCUAUAGUGUACUUUCAUCCACAGACACUAACCCCAGAUGAGGUGGCCAUCCAUAAGGCUGACCUGGUGGAUUACUUCAUACGGGGUCCUGGAUCAGUUUGUCAGUUGGACUCACUGUUCUUCCAGGAGAGCAGCAUGACUCGCUGCAGUCAUGAGGAAUCCCCCUACCAGCUCCUGCAUGGUCAGCCACAUAUAUACGAGGAGGUCCUGGGCUUCAAGUUCCGCAUCUCUGCUGAUUCCUUUUUCCAGGUGAACCAGGCUGCUGCUGAGGUGCUCUAUGGCACAGUGAGAGACCUUUGUGUCCCAAACGCUGAGAAAGGUGAUGGACAAGCAAGAGUCGGUGGUACUCUUCUAGAUGUAUGCUGCGGGACUGGUGCUAUUGGCAUUACUAUAUCCCCCAGAGUGGACAGAAUUAUUGGUAUAGAGCUCAUAGAACAAGCAGUGGAAGAUGCAAGACACAAUGCAGCACUCAACAAUGUACUGAAUUGCGAGUUUAUCCCUGGGAAGGCAGAGGUGGUGCUUCCUGGCCUCAUGUCUCAGCUGAGCUCUGCAGCUGGAGGCCUUACAGCUGUGGUAAACCCUGCUCGGGCUGGCCUGCACUACAGAGUGGUCCGAGCUUUACGAAACCAACCUUCUAUCCGCCGGCUGGUCUAUGUUUCCUGUAAACCAGAUGGAGAGGCUAUGAGAAACUUCAGACAGCUUUGUUGUGAACCCGACCUGCCGAAAAAACUCUCAGGAGAGGCAUUCUCUCCAACGCUGGCUGUGCCUGUGGACAUGUUCCCACAUACUCCUCACUGUGAACUGGUGCUACUUUUUGAGAGGUAGCAGAUGUUUUGUGUUUAGAGGUAUGCUUUAACCCUUCACCAACAAUGCUAGUUGCUUAGGAAAGCUAAGCAACAAAGUUGAAUAAUGAUGUACAUAUGUUAGAUGAUAAUGGAAAUGAUUGUAACCACCUACAAUAAUCUUACACCCACACAGAUGUUUUCACUUAGUUUCAUGAUUACACCUCCUCUGUGGUAACGCUGCAACAAAUUAUUAUUUUUAUUGUCUGUCAAUUUUUUUUUUUGAUUAAUCAUUUGGUCUA